CCUGUGUUUCAGCUUUUUAACAGGGAAAAAGUAAUUAAAAGUGAGUAAACAUCAUUUUCUAACGACGAUUGACCGUAAUUUUUUUAGAUAUGGGACGAACAUUCAAGCCAAAAAUCCCAAAACGUGAUCCGGCGAUACUCCGUUCGGCGGUUAAAGCAAUGAAAUCCGGAUGGUCACUUCGCGCAGCCGGACGUGAGUUUGGAAUUCCUCGAUCAACUUUAUUAUUACAUCGAAAGAAUAAUGAACAUGGACCGCCGAACGAGGAGGAAAGAGCCGUGGGACAGUCGAACGAUCAGGUGGACAAUAUUAAAAUUGUGGAGAGAGGCCACAGAAUGGUGUUCAACGCUUCACAAGAAACAUCUAUCGAAAACCACCUUCUGCAUGCGUCAGACAUUUAUUUCGGAUUGACAUCGGUUCAAGUGCGAGCCUUGGCCUAUGAAUUUGCCAGACAACUGGAUGUUGACUAUCCGCCAUCUUGGAAUCGGGAUGAAUUGGCCGGCUUAGAAUGGUUUCGCUUUUUCAUGUCCUGACAUCCAAAAUUAUCGCUGAGAAAACCUGAAGCCACUAGCUUAGGCAGAGCCAGCGCAUUUAAUCCAACGAAUGUUGCUGCCUUCUUCGCUAAUUACUUUCAUGUAAUGA